UCUGCCAUUUUCAACUUUCAAUCCUUGUUGCUGGUCAUCUUAUUGACGAUUUGCACAUGUACUUACAUAAAGGCACAGGCUCCUUCAUUAUUAGAUAGAAACAAAACAGGCGUGCUCGGAUUAUUCUGGAAAGCAGCGAGAAUUGGAGAAAGAUUAAGCCCCUACGUAUCACUUGCUUGUAUCAUCAUGGGGUUCACAUUGAUGCGUUCCUAA